CCUGUUUUCUGAGAAUGAUCAGGACUGACGACAAUUGCAGAACAGAACUCUAAGCAACCGCCUAUUAGAGUCUGAGCUCGUCACAGGGAGACAGAUCAGCUGUCCUCGCACCGCAUGUCAUUACCGCAUCACUCAAAACACUGCUGAUCGAAGCCAGGUGCAUUCUGGACAUCCAUGACAGUGCCAAGCCACUAGGAGGAGAAGCGGUAGGAUUCCUGCCAUGAAAUCUUUCUGAGAGGAGAAAAGCAGCGAAACCUAGAAAAUCUACACCCACCCACGGGCAGGAGAACAGGGGGAGAGAGAGAGAGAAAGAAAGAGAGAGAGAGGAAAGAGGGGAAAGAAAGAGCGAGGGAUAACAGUCGAUGGAUGCUGCUGCUUGGACGUUCUGGUCGGCUCAAUCUUCAGUGACUAGGCUUGGAGAGCUGCAGGGAUGGAUGGGAAGGCAAGACACAUUCCUCCAGCCAUGGUGUGGUGCGAGCGGGGGAUUCAGGUGCUUCUCACCACCGUUGGAGCAUUCGCAGCCUUCGCCUUGAUGACCGUGGCCAUCGGCACAGACUACUGGCUGUACGCUCGCGCCUUCAUCUGUAACAGCACUGCCAACUCCUCUCAGGAUGACCCGCACAACAAGGACAAGAAGGACCCGGGAGCCCUCACCCACUCCGGUCUCUGGAGGAUCUGCUGCCUGGAGGGACUAAAGCGAGGAGUUUGUUCCCAGAUUAAUCAUUUCCCAGAGGAUGCGGAUUAUGACCAGGACGCUGCUGAGUACCUUUUACGUGUGGUCAGAGCCUCUAGUAUAUUUCCAAUCCUCAGUGCCAUAUUAUUGCUGCUAGGUGGAGUGUGUGUGGCAUCCAGUCGCUUCUACAAAACCAAAAGACACAUCAUUUUGGGAGCAGGCAUUUUGUUUGUGGUGGCAGGCCUGAGCAACAUCAUAGGGGUCAUUGUGUACAUCUCGGCGGCGCUAAGCGACAUCUCUCCCAAAAAGGAUGAGGACAAGAAGUGGCACUACUCCUACGGCUGGUCCUUUUACUUCGGCGGCCUGUCGUUCAUCCUGGCGGAGGUGGUGGGCGUCUUGGCCGUCAACAUUUACAUCGAGCGCAACAAAGAACUGCGCUGCCGCUCGCGCACCGACCUCUUCCGCAGCACCACCUCUGCUGUGUUACGCCUGCCGGGAUACCGCUUCCGCCGGCGUUCAUCCCGGUCCAGCUCACGCUCCACAGCAGAGCCGUCCCGCUCCCGUGAACAAUCGCCCACGUCAGCCAUCGCUCCCAAAAACUUUGGCCCACCGCUCGCCGCCGGCCCUCCACCAUUUUCAGUAGCCACGCUUCCCAAUCCACACACACACUCCGGAGGAGGAGGCGGAGGAGGAGGAGGAGGAGGAAUGGGGGAUAUUUCGAUGUAUACACUAGGUAGGGAAGGUAAGCCACCAAUGUAUGGCACAGUCGACCGUGCAACGCUUUACCAGCUGCACAAUUACUUUCCCACAAAGGAAGGUGGUGGAGGAGGAGCGCUCAUGACAGGGACACUGCCAUCUAUUUCCAAGUCCAAUCUGGCUGCGUCGGCCAAUGCCACCCUCAAUACCUCGUCUUCCUCCGGGCCACAACAGCCUCCGCUGUCCGCCGGAUCCUCCGCCACCAUGGAGAGGGAUCGAGGACUGGGAACCUUGGAUCGACUGGGAAAAGGAGACAGUUCAAACACUAACACUCUCAAUAGGAGAACGACACCGGUGUAACGAAAGGCCAAAUGAUUGCGAAAAGAAGCGAGUAAAGCGGGAAGAACAGGAGAGAAAAAAAGGGCUGAGAAAUAAAAGAAGGCAACGGCGAAGAGGCGAACACGAAGGCAAUACAUCCUCUUUUUUUCUCUCCAUUUACGUUUUGUUGAACAUGGUGACUUGAGUAACAGAAUUCCAUCCGCACUUCUUAUUGAUUCAUGUUGAAAUACUUGAUGUGUGUGAUGGUGAUCUUUCGGUUCUUCGAGCUCUUUCAAUUCCAGUGCUUUAUCAUCAGGUUUAUACCUGUAACUUAUUUAGCAUUCCAGUAUAGUUGUUGUUUUUUUUAUUAUUUUACCAUGGUAAUUGUUACUGCUGAGUUAACUCCGACAUUCUACAUUUUUAUUUGUCCACAAUUUUACAUUUCCUUUCGAUAAAUGAACUCAAACUGUGAUAUUUUCUUGCACAUAUUGACACUAUAUUUCAUGAUGUCAUUUAAUGUGUCAAGCAUGUGUCAAUUCUGCGAGAGUGUGAUGAAUAUUAAACAUUUUCUUUUUUUUUAGUUUUUAUGAAAAUUGAUAAUAUUUAGAUCUGUGAAAUUUUUCAUCGUAACCGUAAGUGUACAAGUAGUUAAGUCUUCAUAUGAAUAUAUUUGAUUUAUUUAUCAUAUUAACAGUCUUAAUAUUGUUACGAUGGGAUAACAAUUAUAACGAACUGCUUUCGAGUCAAAAGAAAGGACAGAAUGCAGAAGUGAAAGGCAUUCGUUCCAUGGGAGCAAUACAUAUACCUAAAAAACCUCACCAGAAAAGACAAAAAAUAUAUAGUAUAUUAUGAAUAUAUAUAUAAAAAUCUAUAUCAAAUUGUGUGUGCGUGUGUGUGGAAAAACUUUUUUGGUAAAA